GCGAGCGCCCGACAGAUCACCUGUACUUUGUGCGCGCGGUGACAUCAUGGCGUCGUUGGAAUGUACCGGAGACAGCGUGUGUUCUGCUGAUCUGCGGAUUGUCCUAUUGGGCCGGACCGGUUCUGGUAAAAGCUCCACUGGAAACACCAUCCUGGGAACGUCCGUGUUUCAGAGCGACAUCUCACCGCUGUCCAUCACUCGACAGUGUGUAGGAGCCUGUGGUGAGGUGGAGGGGCGGAGCCUAAAGGUGAUCGACACCCCAGGCUUUUUCCACACAUGUAUGUCUUCAGAGGAGGUGUGUGCUGAGGUGGCACGUGGCAUGAUGGAUCUUUCCGCUCCUGGACCUCAUGCACUUCUGUUAGUCCUCAAACCGGGAAAAUUAUCAGCAGAAGAGCGCAUGACUCUGGAGUGGAUCAACACCGUUUUGGGUUCAGUGGCCCUCAAACACACUGUCCUUGUCCUCACACACGCUGACCAGAUGCACAACAAACCAGCACAGAGCUUUCUACAGGAGAGCAAAGAACUCUGGGAAUUCUUCCACUUAUGUGAGGGCAGGAUUCACACGCUCGAUAACACCAAGCAUGGAGAUCGGACACAAGUGAGCGAGCUGGUGAAGAAUAUCGAAGCAAUGGUAGAGAAGAAUGAGGGGAAUUGGUAUGUGUGUGAGAGAAGGAUUCUGCAAGAAAAGCAGCUGAAGAGAGAGAGAGGAGAGGAUGAUAAAGACAGGAGGAAGAAAGCAGAGCGUGAGUUCUGGUGUGAGUUAGUGACUGCCAUGGGGAAGGGGGCACUGGAGAGCUCUGGAGUUCUGGAGAAAGGGAAAGGGAAGAAAAGUAAAGUGGUGCAGAGGGCAGCGGCUUUGGCAUCUACACCCCUCUCAGUCACAUCAGCUGCUAAAAUGGUGGGCGGGGCCAUGAGGGAAGGGAGCAAAGUGCUGUACAAACAUCGUAAAACACUGCUGCAGUGACAGGACACCGGACCAGCAUCAGUCCACACUGUA